CGUCGAAUAGUAAAUGCGCUGUUACACUUUUUAGACCGUUUUUGAAAAUUUUGCGUCCUGUGAAAUGUGAUUUGUAAAUAAUAAUAAAUAGUUAACCAUUAAGUAUUUAAGGUAAUUUUAUUUUGGAAACUUCAAAUUUUUAUUAAACUGUUAUUACAUUUUACUUUGAUUUAUUAGCUAAUCUAAUCCUAAUAAUUUUGAUUAAAUUAUUAAAUACAGUUUACAUCAGUAUGUUAUCUAGUGUUUUUAUAUAGUUUUGUUUCAAAUGAAUUGAACACUAUAAAAAUGUUCAAUUUGUUUUAUUUAACAAGAUUGAAAACUUUUGUUGAAUUAACUAUACACAAAUUAAAGUAGGUUUAAUUACAAAAUAAAUUGUAUAUUAUAAUAUAUUUUAAAUAUUUCUUAUAGAAAUUGAGGCUUAUUAAUUUUUAUAUGAUUAAGGUUGAUAUUUGUGAGAUAGAGUUCCUUGAUAUUUUUUUUAAAAUUUAGCAUACUUUACAAAUUAUUUUUUUAUAGGAUGUAUGUAUGCUAUUUUAUAUUUAUACUAUUAUUAAAAAUUAAUUAAUUUACAUUUCAAUAACCAUUUUUAGUCUGAAUAAAUUUUAUUAAUAUUGUAUUAUUUGUGAUAUUUUAUUUUAAUAUAGUGGUAUUUAAAAUUGAAUUAAGUACUUUAGUAUGUUAAUUACAGUACGUUCGUAUAGAUGUUAUGGGUAAAGCCAAAAUUGGGCAAAUCUUAAAAAUGACCAGGCAAAACGAAAAGUGUUCAUGACACGGGCAAAACGUCAUAUUUCGAUUUUUGCUCAUACAAACUUAGUCGUGACUAACCUCUUUCGGCCAAUUUGUAACAUAAAUUUCCCUACUCAUGUUCCUCAGUAAUAAAUUGGUCCUUGCACAGAAAUAUCUGGUUUUUGCCAUAUUGUGACAACAUAAAAUAUACAUUUGGGCAAAACCGUAAUUACUUUUAUUGUAUGAUUUAUAUAGUAUAUUUAUUUAUUUUAUUAAUUUACUUAUAUAUUUAUAAAAUUAUAUUGUAAUAUUUUAAUAUUAUAUGAUUUGCCCGAAUGAGGUUGGUCACAGCUUGAUUUGCCCGGCCAAAUAUAACGAAAUAUAAUAUUUUACCCGGGCAUUGUUAAGAUUUGCUUAAUUUUGUCUUUUGCCCGUACUAUAAAUAUUCAUAUUAUGUAUAUUUAAUAUUUUAAUUAUUUAGCUUUUUUAAAUUAUUAAUCACAUUUACAAAUUAGAACAAUAUUUCUUCUAUGAAGCCAUUUUAUUAAACUGUAUCCACUUUUAUAACUCAAAGUUUGAGUAUAGGUAACAUUUAUUUUUUAACAAUAUUCAUGACUUCAUAUGAUAUCAUUUUUAGAUACAUUUAGUAACAUAGUAAAUAUAGACUAAAUACAAUUAUUCAAUAAAUUAAAAAAAGCUAUUAUUUUAUUUCAUAUAAAUAUUAGAGACAAUACUAUUACUUAAUGGUACUUAGUAAUCAUAUAAAACAAAAUAAAUGUGGUUAUAUAAAUUAUAAACAUUAAUAUUUGACUUACCUUUUGAUUUUAGUGAAUACAUCUGCUAUUUUUUGGUAUUUCUAAUUACUACUGUUAUAAUUUACAAUGAAUGGUUUGUAUACUCAUUAUAUGCAAGUAAAUGGCCAUCAUUAUAUUGCGGCAAUGAGAAGUUCUGUAAAACCAUCUUGCUAGUUGCUGAUCCACAAAUAUUAGGUGAAGAAAGAGAAAAUUUAUUGGCACGUUGGGAUAGCGAUAGAUAUUUAUUUAAUACUUAUGGUCGAGCAUUGCAACAUGUGAAUCCUGACAAUGUCAUAUUUAUGGGUGAUUUAAUGGAUGAAGGUUCAUUAGCAGAUCAAAUUACAUUUGAAAGAUAUUUGUACAGAUUUUGUAGAAUUUUUUUUUUAAAAAACACAAUUCCUCUUGCAUCGAAAAACGUAAGUACAUCUAUUAUUUUAAUUAUUGACCAAAUUUUGUUUAUAUGUAUUAAUUUUUUUAGGUAUUCUUUUUACCUGGCGAUAAUGAUAUCGGUGGAGAUGAAGAAAUUGUUAUUCGCGAAAAGAUUGAUAGAUUUCAUCUUUAUUUUGGUUCAUCAGAAGUAAUCAAAAAUGAACAAAUUGAAUAUGUCAUGGUAAAAUAUUUAACAUCUAUAUAUUUUAUUCAAAAAAUAUUAAAUAUAUUUCAAUUUAAUUUAUUUAUAUUGAUCAUUUAGGUAAAUCAACUGAUAGAUUCAAUGCCGUUAAAUAUUAAUCCUACAAAUAGAACAAAUACAAUGAAAAUAAUGUUUUCACAUAUUCCAUUGACAUCAAAAUGGACAAAAUUCACUGAUAAAGUAUUUAAUUAUAUUUUAGUGGUUUAGUAUUUUUAAGUUCAUCUAAUAAAAAUAAUAAUUGUUUUAGGUUUUAAAUGAGUUCAAGAGUGAAUUUAUAUUCUCAGCUCAUGAUCAUUCUUCAUAUAAUUUUAUUAGUAACUUUAAUAAUCGAAAACAGACUUAUGUUCAAAGACUCAGACGAAAUAGUUUUAGUCAAAUAUCCAGUGCACAAUGGAGGUUUGGACAACAGCCACCAAAUAUAGUCAGUGAAAUAAUUGUCCCAACCUGCUCUUAUCGAAUGGGAUCAAAUAAAAUUGGAUAUGGUGUUUUAAUUAUUGGUAAAAAUUAAAUUAUUAAUUUAAAUAGCUAAAAUAAAAAAAAUUAUUAUUAUAUCUUAAGGGGUUUCAGUAUUUAUGUACCUAAUUAUUAAUUAUUAUAUUAUAAUUCAUUGAAAAGACAGAAAUAAUAAAAUCUGGUAACAAAAUUAAUUUUUUUUUAAGAAUGAAAGUUAAAAAUUACUUAUUUUUGAAAUAAAGUACAUAGUAUAAUUAUGUAUAUUUAAUUUUUUAACAGAGAGAGAUAUAAAAAAGACCAUUUAUUAUAAUACAAUUUUAAUGAAAACUACUAUUAACUAUUUUGUAGUUAAAAACAAUAUAAUAAAAUUAUAUAUUUUUGAGAUAUAAAUGAGAUGACCCUAGUUUAGAAUUUUAUUUAUCAAUCACCAAACCUCUUUUAUUUUAUAUAAUAAUAUUAAGUAGGGCUAUAAAUUUAAUUCACUAUAUAACCUUAAAUAUGCCAAAAUACUAAACAACAAUACACAUAAAUAAUAAUUUAAUACCAUUUUUAUUUGAAUCGAGUAACACAUUACCCAUGUAUUUAUUGCACAUUUGCCUAUCACCCUUCUUGUAAAUAGUACAAUAUAACGUGUCAUUAUCCAAUCAUAAAGCAGCAUUUCUUUUAUCAAUAAAUAUAUACACUCUAUUAGUUCAUUUCCCGUGGUCUUUAACAAUUCUUAAAUCUUCUCUGGGGGCUUUAUAGUUCUUCAUUAACUUUGUUUUCAUUAUAAUCUCUUUUUCAGAAGAGGUUGAGCAGUUUGUAAAGUUUCUCUAGAAAUUAUCAAAUUGAAAAGAGUACUCAGGUUUUAGAAUAUUUAAAAGUUCAUUAAAGUAUGUUUCUUAUUUGACUAAUAAUUCAUCAUCAGAUCUGAUUAAUCGUCGUUCAUAAGGAAUUUCACUAGUCGCUUAUAAUUUUUACUCUUUCUGUACAUAUAACGAGAGCAUAAUCCUUAUCUGAUUCUCUUAUUAAAUUGUGUACAUCUUUUCUAUUCUCACUCCUAACUAUGUCCUAAGAAUAUUGCUUCCCUUUACCUAGUAUUGCAUUGUGCUAAUUUAUUCAUAUUUUCUGUAUCAGUUAAUCAGUUGUUCCUUUACAAUCCUUCAUCGUUUAGUUUUUUCACAUAUUUUAUUGAACCAUGGUUUCUUCAUUCAAUGUUCCCUGCCUACUGUCUUUUCAACUAUAUCCUGAAUUAUAUUUUUCAAACUUUUCAAUCUUCUAUUUCAUUGUUGUCUGUCUUACACUACUUUUUGAAAUCUAAUUUUUAUUUAUUCAUGACUGAUACACAUCAUGAAUAUGAAGUUUACCUAGCUUUGAACAUUAUAACAUCCCUCUAGUUUUUAUUUUCUUUAUUCCACGUGAUUUUUUUUAUAUAUUACUUUCAGGUUACCCACUACUAAAAUAUGGUCUGUUUUAUAGUUUGCAUCACUUUUUAUGUUCACUAUCAUGUUAAUAAAUUUUGAGUUUACCAAAUCUUUGUGGAUAGCAAUAAAAAUAGCUUGUACAUUCACGAACAACAUAUAUUGAACAGUCUUGCCGCUAUUGUCAAAACUGUGAUUACUAUAAAAUCUUUAACUGAAUUAAAAACACUGUCAACAGCAAAACUGCUCUCACAAAGCAUACAUGCACCAUAAAAAAGUGUAGUAUUCUUUAACUAUUAUGUUAUUCCAUCUUAUAUCUUAUAAAGAAAUAAUUCCUCAUCUAUAUUUCUCCAUCUACAUAAUAUAGGGCCCAGGAUUGUAUGCAUUUGCAUAUUUUAGAUUUUGAGUGUAGCGAGUAUGUAUUGGUUAUACAAAGAUAUUUAUUUUAUUUUUUUUUUUGUUAUGUGAACACUUUCUACCAGAAAGAUUACUCUGAUUAUCAAAUAUAACAGCUUCCCUGAAAGAAAAGAUUCCCUGGGUGGUACUUUAGGGAGAUAAUAAGAAAAUAUUUUUUGUUAUUUUUAAGUUUUUAUUACUUUAAUCAGUUUUAAACAAUCAUUGUUGUCAUGGAAACGCACAAUAUUUUAAUCAUUUUACGAUAAUAUUGUUGAUAAAGCAACACUAUCAACUGAACUCUGCUUAAUAUUAUUUUUCCGUUAGCAAUGGUUUUUCGUUGCAUACAGAUAUAUAUGAAAUUCCCAUUUGUAUCCUAUCUUCCUAAUUUCCCACCUGCAACAGUGGCUACAUCCACGUGUGAAGUAUGUCUAUCCUUUUUUUUAAUGUUUAUAUAUUAUAUUAAACUUAGAAUAUAUCAUUAACUUAUUUUUUUUUUUAUUUUUCAGAUACAUUCAGACAUUCUGUUACAUAUACUAUUUUAUGGCUUCCAUCAAGAUUUUUUGGUCUCUAUGUGUACUUUUAUGUAUUGAUAUUAUGUGUUAUUUUGUAUUUGUUACAUUUAGUUACUAGAAGUAGUAACACAAUUAUGUACAGGGUUAUGUGAACAAUGAAUUGUACAUUUAACUAUACAUAAUAUUAGCUAUAAAGUAUAUAUUGCAAAUAAAGUUAAAAUAUUAUUUAGAAUAGGUUAGGAAUAUUGUUUUUAUAAUAAUAAUCGCAUUCAAGUGAAGGAUUUCUAAUCUUAAAUCUUAUUUAUACAUGUGUGACAUUUUAUACAAAAUAUUUAUUGGAUAAAUUUUAAUGACAAUCAUUUUUGUAUUUAUUUGUUUAUAAAUUUUGAUCAAAUUGAAUAUUUGAUUACUAUUAUUGCAAAAUACCUGUUAAUUAUUUGUAUUAAAUCAAUUAAUAUAUAUAUAAUAUGCUUUCAUUGAAAUAUUUUAUAUUCAUUAUAUAUAUAUAUACAUUUAUUAGAAAUUCUAAAUUUCAUUUUUUUUUUCUAAUAAAGUACCUACAGAAC